GCUUGCGUCAGUUACAAGGAUAAGGUGUGCGCGUGUUGCGUGUGCGCUGUUUUGUUUGCAUCGUUUGCAUCGUGAGUUUUUGACUCAUGCGGCGCACACCCACUUUUCCAGUGUCGCGUUUAGUCGUUUUAAUAAUUAACCGCAAUUAAACAUCAUCGCAGCGCCCAAUUGAGGCAAUCGUACGUAGUACCACACAGUUAUUCAGCAAGAUGAAGUGCCUCACGAAACUUGUACUUACUUCGUUUUUCAUCACAUUGUUGGCGGGCGCAGGUUUGGCAGUGCGGUGCUAUCAAUGCGCUUCCAGCGAGGACGCCAAGGGAGAGGACAAUUGCGGGGCGUACAAACGCUUCGACAAAGAACGUAACAUCGCAAUUGAGUGCAACACUGAUGAGAGCCACAUGCCUGGCUCUUUCUGCAUGAAAGUCACUCAACAGGGCCCCAGGGGAUUCAUUUGGGAUGGGCGUUGGAGGCAAGUUAUCAGGAGAUGUGCAUCAGUUGCUGAGACUGGUGUGACUGGAGUUUGCAACUGGGGUGUAUACAUCAAUGGAGAUUACUGGGAGGAGUGUUACUGCUCUGAAGAUGAGUGUAAUAAUGGGCACAUGACAACGGUUUCUAUGACCAGUUUGCUUCUUGGACUUGUUGUUUAUAUAGCAAUGUGAUUUUGUUAGUUAUAUGUUUAAGCUUAAGUGCAGAUGCGUAACAAAUCCGUCCAUUUGUGAAUCUAACUUCGCAGAGUUUUAGACUUUUUUGUACAAGUUCAAAUUUUAUAAUAGAGACGACUUUUAUUAACAUA